AUGUACGACGAAAGCAAAGAAGAUAUCAUUGAUAGGAUAAGAGGAGAGAAAGCAAAAACGAGAAAAGGAAAAGUCAUUUUAAAAAAACGAGAAGGAGAAUUUCAUGAAGGCUCGAAGAAUUGCUUAUUCAUAAGUAGCAACAAAAGAACAGAAUUGUUAAAAAAUUUUAUGCAAGAUAUAUAUAUAUUACGUAAACCUUUAACAUGUUAUAUGCCGAAAUUGCAUCAGAAUUUAUCGAAUUUAUUGGAUAAGAUUGACAGUUUAGUGGAUAUAUGUAUUUAUAAUAGCUGUUCUUUUUUUUUUUGUAUAUUUUCAACUAAAAAAAAUCCAUCUAGAUUUAUUUUAGGAAGAUUAUAUAAUAAAAAUAUUUUGGAUUACUAUGUUUUUUCUCUAGUCUCUUUUAUUCCAUUUCACAUAUUUCCUUUAUCAAAAGAAAUUAUAUCUGAUACGAAACCCAUUGUCCUAAUACAAGGAUCAUACUUCGACCAAACUGAUGUUACCAAAUACUUGAAAAAUAUUUUAUUUGAUUUUUUUAAACACAGAAAUGUGGAUUCUUUCACUCGGAAUAGUAUACAGCGCUUGAUAGUUUUGACUGCCUAUGAGAGGAUUGUCAGCAUUGAUAACAACUGCGUUAAUGGUACUAGUAAUACAAGUAGAGGAGAUUCGGGAGAAAACGCUAAUAAGUUGGGUAGUGAUAAUUUAAGUAGCAGUGUAGGUAUCAAAGGUGCUCACACGGACAACGUGGGCAUCAACAACGUUGGUGGCAAAAGUAAUCGUAGUUACAGGGAUGUAGACGGGAAGAACAAAUACGUUAUAUCAUUUCGACAGUACCUACUAAGAAAGGGGGUUUUGAGCCAAACGGACAAGGACAUACCAGAAUUAGAAGAAAUUGGACCGCGCUUUGAAUUCACAUUAGAAAACUACAAAAUACCUGACUACCAUUUAUUUCAGGAAGCUAUUAAAAAGGCAGAUAUCCCUAAAAAGAAUAAAAUUAAAAAAGUUAAAGUGGAUGAGUUUGGAAAUAGCAUCAAAAGGGUAUAUGUUCAAAAGCAGAAUUUUACCAAGUUGCACACAAAGCAUACUAAAAUUCUUAAAAAGACGAAUAAAGUUAAUAGCAAAAAGGGGAAACAUGAAUGA